UAUGAUGAAUGAAUGAAUGAACAAACUCCCAGCUGGUCAAUGAGACACAGUGAAGACUUGCCCCUCUUACACACGAUCAGAGAGAGUCUGGCCUCAGGUGGGUCCUCAGGAAAUGCAGGGAGAAAAAGUCAGGGCCAAGCCCCUUUCGCCUUGGCUCAUCCCUCAAAGCAACGGGGGUCACCAGCAGCUCUACUGGAGCCAUCUGCGACAACUCUGCCAGGGUUCCCGCUAUUGCUGUGUGUGCUCAAACCAGCACAGUCCGAUCGGGAAAUACAGCCUCAAUAUGUGCCAAGAGUGUUCCCAUCAGUACACAAACGAUAUAGUCUUCAUCAAGUGGGACUAA